AUUCUGUUGAUUUCGGCGGUUUGGCAACUGUUUUCGGAGCAUUUCGCAGUGGGAAUCGUUUUGUAGCAUUUAUGCACAUUAAUGCGACAAAAAAGGUAUUUAAGGAUGAGGAGUAGAGAAAUUUUAACCUCGAAGGUUUGGAUUUUCGAUUUUGAGGAUUAAAAGACUUUUUAAGCACUGACAGUACGAUAAGCAGAUUUCGUCAAGGUGAUGGAAUCAGUAUUCAAAGUGUCGGACAACGUCCCGGAGAUUUAUAAAAAAGAUGUCCAAAGAACUCUUGAUUCAAUGGCAAUGCACAUUGAAGGUCGUGGAAAAAAUUUCCGUUGGUCAAUGGACGAUUUUCAAGUUGGAGCUCCUCUAGGUCGUGGAAAAUUUGGCCGCGUGUUCCUAGCUAGAGAAAAAUCGACACAUUAUAUGGUUGCGCUUAAAACGCUUUACAAAAUUGAACUCGUCAAAGGCAAAGUCGAAAAACAAGCCUUACGAGAAAUUGAAAUUCAAUCUCAUUUAAGUCAUCCUAACAUUUUACAAUUACUCACAUACUUCCACGAUGACAAAAAGAUAUACUUGGUAUUGGAAUACGCAGCAGGGGGCGAAUUGUAUAAAGAAUUAAAACGCCAACCUGGAGAAAGAUUCAACGAGCAUUUGUCUGCGAAAUACAUUUAUCAAGUCGCAGACGCUCUCAAUUAUUGUCACAAGAUGAACGUCAUACACAGAGACAUAAAGCCAGAAAAUUUGCUGCUCACUUUCAAAGGUGACAUCAAAUUGGCAGAUUUUGGAUGGUCUGUCCACGCACCUAGUACAAAACGUCAUACAGUUUGCGGCACUUUGGAUUAUCUUCCCCCAGAGAUGGUAACUUGCCAACGAUACGACAUCUUCGUAGACCAUUGGUGCUUAGGAAUUCUUUGUUACGAGUUCCUCGUAGGAAGAACUCCCUUCCUUAGUGAUUCUCAACAAGAAACUUACGAGAAAAUUAGAGCUGUGAAAAUUCCCUGGCCAUCGUUAAUUACCGCUGGAGCUAAAGAUUUGAUUUCAAGGCUGAUCAAGAAGGAGAGCAAUGAAAGAAUUCCACUAGUGGACGUGAAAAGACACCCUUGGAUUGUCGCAAAUAAAGAUAAAAAGUAGUUAGUAAUUCUAUUUAUACAUCAGACUUUUAAAAUAAUUCUAAUCAUUUAAGUAAGUAGUACGGAAUUGUGAGCUGCAGAAGUGCCUGAUGCAUUUGGUUCAUUUUCUGCUAUGAUUUUAAUUUAAGAAGCAACUUAGUUUUAACUAAUUUUCGUUUAACCGAUAGUGAAAUUUGCUUAUCAUUAAUUCACAACACUUUUUCAUAUUGAAAUGAAACGGACGUUCUUAAUAAUGCAUUUAUUUAUACAUGUAUAAACAAAAUCACACUGAUUGUAUGACAAAGUAUAUUUUAUUCUUUAAGAACUUGUACUGUCAUCGAGCUGUAAUACAUUUAAGAUUUGCACUCUUUUAAA